AUGCAUUUUCCGUCCAUGGCAUUAGUCGAAGAACCCAGCGACGAGAAGGUAUUUAAGCCGAUCCUCGAAGACGACGGGGACAUCAACUUGGAUAACCAGACCGACGCACCAGUACGUUACGUGUCGCUGGACCAGGUCUACACUGCGGCGUCGCUGUGUGUCAGCUCCGGGGGCUCGAAUGUCAUGUCCAAGAAGGUGAAAGCGCGGAAAGUUAGCUCCGACGAGGAAGAUCGGGUUCCCAAUCGGCCUCCUAUUAUAAAUGUGUAUACUCGCAAGUAUAAAAAGGCUCGCGUUGUCGAGAAGAAACUGUCAUCUGUAGAAUCGUUGCUCGCGAGGACCGAUGAGGGGCCGGUCCUGGAAGUUAAAGUGAAGGAGGAAAUGAUAGAGUUCGGGGAUAUGGUCGAGGAUGAUUUGGGGAGGAAGGCGAAGAAGAGGAGGAUUGGGAGCGGUGAGUUGGUUAGAUUGGGGGUUGAUUCCAGUGCUUUGCAAGGGUUUGAUCGCCCGCGAUUGAGGGACUGCCGGAAUCAUCAAGUGAAUGGGACCAAUAAGGUGCGGAAGAAGAAGAAGAGUGAUCUCGUGCAGAUUUCUGAUAAAGUUUCGUCAAUCCCACCAAGUACUAGAAGAUGGGUUAGGUUGAGCAUUGAUAGCGUUGAACCAAAAACUUUCAUCGGGCUUCAAUGCAAGGUGUAUUGGCCUUUGGAUGUUGACUGGUAUUCAGGUCGUGUUAUUGGAUACAAUUCUGGGACUAAUCAGCAUCAAAUACACUAUGAGGAUGGAGAUGAUGAGAAUGUAAUGCUUUCAAAAGAGAAGGUUAAAUUUUUUAUUUCCCGUGAAGAGAUGGAAGAACUGAGCUUGAGUUACAGUACAAGAAGCAGCAAUGAUGGCAGCCAGGAAUAUGAGGAGAUGGUUGUGUUGGCUGCCAGUUUGGAUGACUGCCAAGAACUUGAACCUGGAGAUGUCAUAUGGGCAAAACUAACUGGUCAUGCUAUUUGGCCAGCUAUUGUUGUUGAAGAAUCAGUUAUUGGCAGCAGUAGAGGUUCAAAGACGAAUUCAGGAGGUAGAUUUGUCCCUGUGCAAUUCUUCGGUACUCAUGAUUUUGCUAGAAUUAAAUCAAAACAGGUUAUCUCAUUUCUGAAAGGACUUCUUUCCUCUUUCCACCUGAAGUGCAAGCAACCCCGUUUUGCUCGCAGCUUGGAAGAAGCAAAGAUGUAUUUGAGUGAACAAAAGCUUCCUACAAGAAUGUUACAGUUGCGAAAUAGCGCGAAUACAGAUAGUUGUGGACAUGCAAAUAGUGACAAUGAACGGAGUGCAGAUUCAGGUGACGAUUGUAUCGCAGAUGAAGGGAUACAAAGGAUAUUGAGGGGCCUCCAAACUUCUCCGUAUGUUAUUGGAAAUCUGCAAAUCAUAAACCUUGGAAAGAUUGUGAAGGAUUCAGAAUAUUUCCAGGAUGAAAAAUCCAUCUGGCCUGAGGGAUAUACUGCCUUGCGGAAGUUCAGUUCGGUAUCAGACCCAGGUGCGUGUACCGUUUAUAAGAUGGAAGUGCUGAGAGAUUCCGAGUCAAAGAUUAGGCCCCUGUUUAGAGUGACACUUGACUAUGGAGAGCAGAUUGAAGGAUCAACUCCAUCAGCUUGCUGGAAUAAAAUCUAUGAAAGAAUUAAGAAACUGGAAGAUACAUCUGGUGAUUUAAAUGGUGGAUGUCAAGUAGAAAGGACCCGCCAGUCUGGUUCUCACAUGUUUGGUUUCUCUUACCCUGAAGUCAGCAAACUCAUAAAGGGAAUAUCGAAAUCCAGAUUUAUAUCUGGAAUGUCAACAAGCAAGUCACUAUCUGACAGAUAUCAAGAUUUGCCUGCUGGCUACAGACCAGUUCGAGUUGACUGGAAGGACCUUGAUAAGUGCAAUGUCUGCCAUAUGGAUGAGGAAUAUGAAAACAAUCUCUUCCUGCAGUGCGAUAAAUGUAGAAUGAUGGUCCAUGCUAGGUGCUAUGGGGAACUAGAACCUGUUGAUGGUGUCCUGUGGUUAUGUAACUUGUGCCGUCCUGGAGCUCCUGAGUUCCCACCCCCUUGUUGCCUUUGUCCUGUUAUAGGUGGUGCUAUGAAGCCUACAACAGACGGGCGAUGGGCUCAUCUUGCUUGUGCCAUUUGGAUACCUGAAACUUGCUUGUCAGAUGUAAAGAGAAUGGAGCCCAUUGAUGGUCUAAAUAGAAUAAACAAGGAUCGAUGGAAACUUCAAUGCAGUAUCUGUGGUGUAGCUUAUGGUGCUUGUAUUCAGUGUUCAAACCAUAAUUGCUGCGCAUCAUAUCAUCCACUUUGUGCUCGUGCUGCUGGCCUUUGUGUUGAGCUAGAAGAUGAGGAAAGACUAUAUCUGCUUUCUAUGGAUGAUGAUGAAGAAGACCAAUGCAUUCGUUUAAUUUCCUUCUGCAAAAGGCAUAAGCAGCCAUCUAACGACCGACAAAUUGCGGAUGAACGUAUUAGUCGAGUUUCUCGUCGUUGCUCUGACUACGUUCCACCAUGUAAUCAAUCUGGCUGCGCUCGUACAGAGCCUUACAAUCAUUCUGGACGAAGAGGACGCAAGGAACCUGAUGCCCUUGCUGCUGUAUCCUUGAAGCGUAUGUUUGUGGAGAACCAGCCUUACCUUGUUGGAGGUUAUUGCCCAAAUGAGUCAUCAGGGGUUCCACUUUCUUCAAGUGGUGGUGCUGGCACUCGAUUUUCUUCUACCCUACAAAGGCUAAGAGCCUCUCACCUUUCUGUUCCAAACAAUAUUCUUUCUAUGGCUGAGAAAUAUAAUAACAUGAGGCAGACCUUUCGAAAGAGACUGGCAUUUGGCAAAUCAGCAAUUCACGGAUUUGGCAUCUUUGCAAAGCAUCCACACAGGGCGGGCGACAUGAUGAUUGAGUACAGUGGUGAACUUGUUCGACCUCCUAUAGCUGAUAGGAGAGAACAUCUAAUAUACAAUUCAUUGGUGGGUGCUGGUACUUACAUGUUUCGGAUCGAUAAUGAACGAGUUAUUGAUGCUACACGGGCAGGAAGCAUUGCUCAUCUGAUUAAUCACUCGUGCGAGCCCAAUUGCUAUUCUAGAGUUAUAAGCGUGAAUGGUGACGAGCAUAUCAUUAUCUAUGCAAAGCGAGAUAUUAAAAGAUGGGAAGAACUUACCUAUGAUUAUAGGUUUUUGUCAAUCGACGAACAACUACCAUGCUACUGUGGUUUCCCACGAUGCCGUGGUGUGGUUAACGACAUUGAAGCUGAGGAGCACAUGGCAAAGCUUUCUGCGCCUAGCAGUGAAUUGAUAGACUGGACGGGAGAGUGA